UCUGACCAAAAGCACAACCAACGCAGCGUUGCGAAAAGUGCCCAAUGAACCAGUAGAACUCUGGGAAACGUUUCUAGACGACGCAUUCGCCGCGUCAUUCAAAAUUGAUCAACAAACGCGUUGCUUUUCCUCACCUAUCGUCCAAGUGACAAAAGUCUGUCCAGACGUUAUUCGCUGUAGCGCCAAUAACCGUGAAGAGCUCGAGCAAGGGAUCAGCUUCUGGUUAGUUGCAGUAGGCGAAGUCAAACACGAAUUGCUGAUUGGUAAUGUGAAUGGAGCUACACACUGCAUAUAA